UGUAUACAUGUAUGUAAAGACACAAACACAUAUAACAAGCCCCUCUCAACCUCACUUCUCCAACAAGUUUUCUACAUCCACACAAAAAAGGUUUUCCAAACAUAAGCACACAUUUACAGACAUGGAUGAUCUUGAGUUAUUACAAGAUCUGUCCCAAUUCAACUUCCCAGCAACCAUCAAGAUCCCAUCUAAAACCUCUAAAGACAACAAAGACGGCGAUGGUGAUAACGACGAGGGCUUUAGCUGCAGCACACCCACAUCUCAAGAACACAAGAUUCCUUCUGUCCACGAUUCUCCACCUCCCCCGCCGAGAAAACCUCGUGCACUGCCUUCAAAACCGUCGCCUACGGCGGCUCUGGUGAUAAGAUCGUGUAAGAGGAAGCUCUUAGUGUCGGCUCCUGAGAUUAUCAUGAACAAGGAAGAGAUUGACCGUUUCUUCUCCUCUGUCUAUAGUGACACGUCAACGACGGCUAAACGGCGGAGACGUUAUCUUUAUUGUGCGCGAAGAUGAGCCUUUAGUUCAAGAUUUACAUUUUCUACAGUUUUACUGGAAAUAUAUAAAUUAAAAACCUUAUUAUAAGUAUUUUAAUUUUCAAAAUGGAUGGAUAAUUUUCUGUAGCCGCAUAUUAAUUCCGCAUGGAGGGGUCGUUGUUGUAAAUUCCGUAAUAAAUGAAAUUUAAUUCCAAUUGCCAAGUUUUCUAA